GAGUAGUAAACUAAGUGUGAUACAAUGUUUAAUAUUUUAUAGCAAUGCCCUUUUCCUUUUGCACUGGAGAAAGAUAUCCGUGGUGUGAAUUUGCUGAAAAUGCAGAAAGUGGUCCUACGACCCUCCUUUGUGCAGAGUUAGCUGCAAAACACAAUAUGGUUAUUGUAUCUAAUAUUCUUGAAAGAGAUGAAACUUAUGGAGAUACAAUAUGGAAUACUGCUGUUGUCAUUUCAAGCUCUGGAGCAUAUUUAGGAAAAUCUCGCAAGAAUCAUAUACCACGUGUUGGCCAUUUUAGUGAAUCUACUUAUUACAUGGAAAGUGACUUACGGCAUCCUGUAUUUGAAACUCGUUUUG